CGGCCUGGGGAGGAUGGAGGCUCGGUGCGAGCGGCGGUUCAGAGCGGGGCCGCGGCUCCGGGGCCGGGAACGCGCUUUGCCCGGAGGGGCGCGGCCUGAGCGUGCUCCCAAUGAAGGGGCGUGGCUUCCCUUCGGCGGGGCGCUGCUCGGCGCUGAUUGGUCCGCGGGCCGGCACUUCCGGCGCGGCACUUCCGGCGGGCCAGCCCGGUGAUGGCGGCGGGCCGCGGGUGGAGGCGGCGGGCGCUGCGCCUGCUCACGGCGGGCGGCGGCGUCCUGCUCACCCGCUUCCCCUUCUGGCACUGCUUCAGCGGGCUCCUCCUGUGCGCCGAGCGCGCCGACCUGCGCCGGAAGCCGGACAUCCCGGUGCCGUACCUGUACGUGGACAUGGGCGUGGCCGUGCUCUGUGCCAGCUUCAUGUCCUUCGGGGUCAAGCGCCGCUGGUUCGCGCUGGGGGCCGCGCUGCAGCUGGCGGUGGCCACCUACGCCGCCCACGUCGGGGGCCACGUGCACUACGGGGACUGGCUCAAGGUGCGGAUGUACUCGCGCACCAUCGCCAUCAUCGGCGGCUUCCUGAUCCUGGCCAGCGGCGCCGGGGAGCUGUACCGGCAGAAACCGCGCAGCCGCUCCCUGCAGUCCACGGGACAGGUGUUCCUGGGCAUCUACCUCAUCUGCCAGGCCUACUCCCUGCAGCACAGCACCGAGGACCGCCUGGCGUACCUGGACCAUCUGCUGGGGGGUGAGCUGGCCCUGCAGCUGCUGUUCCUGCUCUAUGGGCUGCUGGCCCUGGCCUUCCUGUCGGGUUACUACGUGCGGGCAGCGGCGCAGGUCCUGGCCGUGCUGCUGCCCCUCGCCAUCCUCCUCAUCGACGGCAACCUGGGCUACUGGCACGCCCUGCGGCGCGUGGAGUUCUGGAACCAGAUGAAGCUCAUCGGCCAGAACGUCGGCAUCUUCGGGGCCGUGGUGAUCCUGGCCACGGACGGAUGAGGGGACGGCGUGGGACGAGCGGGGAUCAGGGCUGGGAGGGGUUUUUUAAGGAGCAUCACUAUUUAUUGGUUGAUUUU